AUGGUCUCCACUACCUUCAGCUUCUCUGCCCUGAUGUGCCUGAUGCUGGCCGUCGGCCCUGCCUCUGUUCUGGCGGCUCCCCAGCUGCCCGGUAACCUCCCUGUGACUGGCACCAACCCAGCCAACAACAACAACGCUGCCGCCGCCCCUCCCACCUCGGGCAACAGCGAAUCCGACGCUGGCGCCGGCUUCGACGUCGGCAUCCCCGGCGGCCCCGGCGUCCGCUACGGCGCGGGCACCCACCAAGCCCACCGCGGCCCCUGCGGCCCAACCAGCGGCGACGAGUCCGACGCCGGCGCCGGCUUCGACGUCGGUAUCCCCGGCGGGCCCGGUGUCCGCUACGGCGCAGGAACCCACCAGGCCCACGACGGCCAGCCCUGCCCGGAGCCCCCGGUCCCGGUCUCGUCGUACACGCCCGUCGUCAUCCCUCCCACCUACACCACGCCUGCUCCGGUCGCCCCUGUUCUGCCCGCUGCUACCCCGGUCUACCCCGCCAGCCAUGCCGUCGUCGCUGCCUCCUACUCGACCCCGCUGAUCCCCCGCCCGGCCCCCACCGCUGCUUCGCCUGCGCCGUCGAUGCCUGUUUACAAUGCUGGCUCAGCUUUGGCACCCGGUUCUUCUUCUUCGGCUCUUCUGGCUGUUGCUCUUCCUAUUGUCUUGGGCUUCUUCUAUUAA